AUGCCAAGGGCAAACAAAUACCCAAAAGUUGCUUUCAAACUUAGGUAUUUCUCCAUCCCACGAGCAAAACGAGCCGGUGCGAUAGAUUGUAUCGAAGAUUGGAAGACAAAAGACAAUUUAAUUUCAUUGAUUCAACACAACAACAAUGUUGUCCAGUUGACGGAUAUCCCUUCUCUUUACUUGGGGAAGUAUAACAAGGCAUUAGAAUAUACGGGAAAACUGAGAAACGUUAUCACUAAUGAGUUUCCGGAUUGUAUGCAAGUCAUGCAAAUGUCUGGAAAAACAUCAAUUGUGAAACUUGCUGAAAGACUUCACGUCCAAACCAAUAAUACCAAGCUAGAUGAUCAGAGCAUUAUUACACUAGACCUAGACACCGAGGAUGACGAGACAAGUGACAUGGAAAUAAAUGAGGAAGAAAAUAUGGGUGUUGGAGAAGCAAUUAUGGCUGAUAAUGAUACAGAAGAGUUUAGAGAUGACGAAAAACAAACAGCCAUUUUAAAAAUGGCUAAUUUAUCUUCAUUGCAGUUUGAUAUUUUAAAAGCGAUAUUUAUAGCCAAUCCUCAGCACAGAGAUUGGCGUUUUUUGCUUGAUGAAUAA